AUGCCACAAAACACCCUCCACCAAACCUACCCAUGGAUAUCACCCUCCAAACCCCCACUAGCCAGCGCGCCAAUGCUGAACAUCGCGACCGCGAAAUUGGCCAUCUCCGUCUCAAACGCCGGCGGAAUCGGGUUCAUCGCCGGCGGAUACAACCUGUCAGGUCUAUCAACCGAGCUCAUCAACGCAAGCAAGCAAACCACAUCCCUGCACCCGACAAAUCCCCUUCCCGCCUUCUACACCGAUACAGGACUCCUACCGCUGGGAGUGGGCUUCCUGAACUGGGGCGCCGACAGAGCGCAAGCAAUAUCAAUCCUGAAGGAACAUCCUCCCGCCGCAGUAUGGCUAUUCGCACCUACGAACAUGCCCGACGAUCUACUCGAGUGGGUGAAUGAGAUCCGCGCUAUAACUCCCAGAAGCAACACUACAUCCAAAACCCAACAACGAAUCCAAAUCUGGGUCCAAAUGGGAACAGUCCACGAAGCCCUCUCCACACAGCAAACACUGCACCCAGACGUCAUGGUCGCACAGGGCAGCGACGCAGGCGGACACGGACUCGCUCGCUCGGCCUCGCUCAUGACCCUUCUUCCAGAAAUAUGCAGCACAUUACCGGAACUAACACAGACACCAAUUCUCGCAGCAGGGGGGAUAAGCACGGGUCGCUCGCUCGCCGCAGCACUCGCACUCGGCGCCGUAGGCGCAGUAAUGGGGACGCGGUUCCUGGCCUGCGCAGAGGCGAAUAUCGCCACGGGUUACCAGCGCGAAAUACUACGGGCGACGGAUGGUGGGACGAGUACGGUGCGGUCUACGGUUUAUGAUUCCGUACGAGGGAUACAUGGGUGGCCUGGGCGGUAUGAUGGGCGGGGGCUUGUGAAUCGGAGCUAUAUUGAUGCUGUGGAGGGGGGUAUGGAUGAUGAGGAGAAUCGGAGGUUGUACCGAUUGGAGAUUGCAAAGGGCGAUGAUGGAUGGGGUCCUCGGGGUAGGAUGACGACGUAUGCUGGGACCGGGGUGGGACUUGUAAAUAGAGUGCUCUCUGCGGAUGAGAUAUUGGGCGAGGUUUGGGAGGGUAUGAAGGGUGUUAUUGAGGGGUUGACGGCGUGGCAGUGA